GUGAGCUGUGAUUGGUCACAGCUUGUCAUAUGGUACAAAGUUGUUGUGAAUAGCCUUGUACCAUGUGACCUCUGUGAUCAUUUACAGAUUUCACACAUAAUAAGCAAUAAUGUCAGAAGUGACACCUUGCUUACUACUCUGCAUGUGAUCACUGAUUGGCCAAUCAGUGAUCACAUGAUCAGGACCUCACACAGAGGUCCCGUACAGCGAUCGGUGUUCUGCUGUGUCCGACACCAGAUUGUGGUGCUGCGCACA